CACCGACCUGCUCACUCUCCAUUCAGCAGCCCGUGGGGGCAGCAGAAGUGAAAGGGAGGGAGGAAGAGGGAGGACACUGCAACCUACGUGAAUAAUUGAUAGUGCAAGGAAGGGAGAGCAGCUGGGUUCCCUGUCUCUAUCUGCUCACCAGCGGGGGAUGAAAGAUCCUUGCUCAGACUCUGGACUUUUUUGAGAUGAUUGAAAAAAUGCAGGGGAGUCAACUGGAUGAACAAAGAUGUUGCCUUCCAGCUCCUCUCAAGACAGAAGAGGAGUAUAUUCCUUAUCCCAGCAUCCAUGAGGUAUUACAGAAAGGAUGGCCAUAUCCUCUCAUUAUCUUGCCCCAGUUUGGGGGCUACUGGAUCGAAGGGACCAGCCACAACCACUCCAGCUUGAGUCCAGCUCUGUCUGAUGUACCUUUUCCCUGGAGUGGUAAAGUGAAACUGGAAAGUGAUCCUACAGCCAAACUGUACCGCAGACAUUUUCUGGGGAAGGAGCACCAGAACUUUUAUUCUAGUGACAUGUCCUUGGGCUACCUGGUACUUUCUGUGAAGUAUGAACAGAUCGAGAAACAGGAAAAUCUACGCCUGUUGCUGAGGACUCGGACUGGCACCAAACAUGACCUGAUCCCCAUUUCCUGUCUGAAUGAGUUUCCCAACGCUGUCCAGAUGGCAAAGCUACUGUGUGAGGAAGUGAAUGUUGAACGCUUCUUUCCUGUCCUGUAUCCCAAGGCUUCACAGCUUAUUGUUGCGUUUGAUGAACAUGUCAUAAGCAAUAACUUUAAAUUUGGGGUCAUCUACCAGAAACCUGGACAGACAACUGAAGAAGAAGUCUUCAGUAACACAGAAGAGAGCCUGGGUUUCCUGGAGUUUCUGGAUUUCCUUGGUGACAAGAUUCAGCUGCAGGAUUUCCGUGGGUUCCGGGGAGGCUUGGAUGUUACCAGAGGUCAAACAGGCACUGAGUCGGUCUACACAAAUUUCCGGGGCAAGGAGAUCAUGUUUCAUGUGUCUACAAAGCUGCCCUUCACAGAGGGAGAUUCCCAGCAGCUUCAGCGUAAGCGUCACAUUGGGAAUGACAUUGUAGCUGUCAUCUUCCAGGAUGAAAGCACACCUUUUGUCCCUGAUAUGAUUGCUUCUAAUUUCCUACAUGCUUAUGUGGUAGUUCAGCUCACUCAUGGCACCACUGGGGACACUCUCUACAAGGUUUCAGUCACAGCCCGAGAUGAUGUCCCCUUCUUUGGACCCCCUCUGCCAAAUCCAGCCAUAUUUAGAAAGAGUGCAGAGUUUCGUGAAUUCCUCCUGGUCAAGCUCAUCAAUGCUGAGUACAGCUGCUAUCGAGCUGAGAAAUUUGCUAAAUUAGAGGAAAGAACCCGGAGUGCCCUCUUGGAGAGCCUUUUUGAGGAGCUGCGGCUUCGCAGUCGCAGUAUGAUGGGAUUACCCAUAGGGGAGGAUGACAAGACAGAGAAUGGCAGUGGGGGCUUCCUUGAGAAUUUCAAGCGGGUGAUCAGAGGCCGCAGCCAGAGCCUGGAUACCACGGGGAUAUCCGUGAGAAAGCAGCAGCCAGCCACCCUGCCCAGCCGCCCAACUACAGCUGGCCUUGCCCUCAGUCAGAAUGUCGCCGAGGGCCCUAAGGCCAUUGCUGCGUCUUUUGCCUUGCCUGGUAGGAGCCCAUCACGUACUCGAGCCAGCCGCUUCCACGGGCGACGGAGUAGUGCCAUUGGCAUUGAGAACAUACAGGAGGAAAAGAGAGACACUACAGAGAGGAUACAGAAUGUGCUGGACAGUCCAGGAACUUUCUUUGACCUGAAGUCUGAUGGAUCAUCCAGUCCCAGCUCCCCAGAGUUCCCCAGCAGGAAGACCAAGAAGCAGGUUGCUUCCUUCCAGCAGUGUUGCUGGCUCCACUGGAAAAGGAAAAGGCAGCAAAGCAGAUGCUCAGCACCAUAAUCCAGUAAGUUCUUUAAUAAAAUGUUUCCUUCUCGCUUGCACAGAGAUAAGGAUGGGAGGAAAAAAGAGAGACAAUUUAGGAGGCUUUGCUUACUGAGGGUUGAAAGGACAAUAAGAAGGUGCUUGCAGGGGAAGGUGAAAGAACUGCCUUGAUCUGCAGGCCUCCAUUUAUGUGCUGUGCGUGAGGUCACCGCUGGAGGACUGACUUGGUGCACGCUGGGGUGAGGAGCACAAGUAUCGGACGUGGAGAAGCACUGCAUGCCCGUGGUUCAGGGUGAAGGCAGGCCCCUGGGCCAUCCCUGCCCUCACAGAAAGACUGCAGCAGAUACUGUAUGGCUCCACAGUAAAAAGAGUUAACCCCACACCUUAUUCCUCAAAAGAUCUUCCAUGGCUAGCUGACUCUGGGCUGUUUAACCUACCUAAGCUCUGCUUUUCUUGGUUGCCUGCUCCCUCUCAUGGAACAGCAGUUCCCACCGACGUCUCCCUCCGCCCUAAUCUAUGCCGUUACAUUCUUUUGGUUUUCUCUCCUUGUUUGGUUUGCUUUGCUUAGAUGUUACCUAGCUUUCUCUGCACCUAUCCUCUGCUUCCUACGGUUUCAUUAUUUUACUGAACCACCUUAUUUUGACCAUUUUGUGACUUUGUGCCUAUCUCUAUGCUUGCUUGCUUUCAGCCUAGCGUUGGUGGGACCUACUCCUCCAUGACAGUUUCGUAGCUUUUCCAGACAUGGGAAGUGGGACUGGACCUCCUGAUGAGGUCUGUAAUAGAGCAAACUCCAAGUUUGUUCCCUAGAGUUCACAGUCCAGUUUUGCCUGCAUUGCUGACGGUCUCUCUUUUGGCUCAAAGUCCCUUUCCUUGCUUAGUAUCUUCUCUGGUUUGACAGCUAAACAGCACGCUACCUUGAAAGUGAUGUGAAUGACUCUCUCAGAAACUCAUAUGGUAUAUAGCUAAGUAGAAGAGGUAUCAUCUUUAUGGAAGAAAAUUCUUCCAGUUAUUCCUAAAUAGCUGGCAGUUCAUAUUACUGCUUAGCAUCUACCCCUGUGUCUGGUAAAAAGACACAAGUUUAGAUCCUCAGUGUUUUUUUCAAUGCUCAGCUUUUAGCCACCCGGUGGCUUUCAGAGCAGUCAGAUAAACAGUUCACCUCCAUGUGGUGGUGGCCACUGGUGUUGCAUCCGACUGACAUUUACAGACAGCAGAUCAGAAAGGCAAGCCAGGUAAAGAAGCUGGUAUUCAGCACUGAGACCACUUAAACGCACGCUACGCCAAAGACAACGCUGAGAAUGCCAGUGUAGCUGCCAGACAGUGUUCACUGGGGUAAAUCCCUGGAGCAUCUGCUCAGAGCUGGUGCUCACAAUCAAGUCUCUGUAAUACAGGAAUAAGAUUGCCUGAACAACAGGCAGAACUUCCUCAAAGCUCUGCUCCCAAACAGGCAAAUUUUGCUUGCAGUUGGUAUGCAGUCAGAAUUGCAACAAUAUGCAUACCCGCCCAUAUAAAUGCAAAGGCUGUAACCACUUGGUAGUGGUUAUCACAGGCAGUAAGCAGUGCAAGGAGCAUUCUGAGUUUGGAUUUUCCUUAUCUCAGUCGUGUUUAAGUACUACGUUAGUACCAAAUGCUCUGAGCAUUUAACUUCCACAGGCUUCAAGCAGGUCUAAGGGCCUUUAAGAACAUUUUGGGAAAUAUACAGCAAUCUGUAAGAUCCAUCUCAUUUGGUCCAUCUGGCAAAACAACUUUUUGUCACAAAGGCUGUUUUUUUCAGUCAAGCUGGUUCAAAGGACAAAAUUUCAUGAGACCCUGGCUUUCACAAUGAGAUUAUUUCAAGAUGUUCCUUGCAUGCUAGCCACCUUCCCACCAGAGUUCAUUACCUCCACAAAAGUGCAUUUUCCCCACCUCUGAGACAGGACUGCCUACAGCAGUGGCCCUGGGUCACUGGAGUGAUCUUGCUUAAAGUGAUGUUUCAGUCAUUCCAUUUUUAUUGCAAACUCAGAAUCAGUUUGAUAGCACAAACUGGAGAAUUUUGCUAGAAAACUAGCAAAUUUCACGGAGUGAAAUGGUAAAAAAUUUCUUCAACAUGGCUUCAAGGGACUCAAACCUACGGCAUCCACAUAUACAAUAACUUCCCUGCUAUUCUAACUCCUAAAUUAAGGUAGCCUCUUAUAUUUCACAAAGAUUUCCUUAAAUUCGAGUCUGGAUUUGCCCAAAGACCAAUGGGUGCACCGGUGGAAAGGAGGAAGGAGUUCUCAAAUUAUAGGGUAUUUCCUGAAAAGCUGAGAGAUAUAAGGAAGAAAAAUUAUGGAAGGGGGAACAAAAGAUACUCCCACAACACUUACAGCUGUAAGAACAUGAAGAAUACAGAUUUUUUCUGAUCCAGGAUUUGCUGUUCAAGUGAACAAGUGUGAAUAUGCUUUAUCUUAAAGUUCAGAAAGAGACAAAAAAUGGAAUUCCAGCUGCUGCUAGUCCUUCUUUCAGUGAUGCAUCAGCCAGCCACAAAUCACUGAGAAAUCAAGCCUCAUACAAAUCAAAUUAAUUCAAGUGCGUUAUUCCAAUUGAGCCAAUACAGGGCCAGGUUCAAACUAUUUCAGUGUGAAAAUUAUUAAUUUUAUUCUUCGCAUAUCUUUCUGCAGACUAUGUGAUGGGAAGUCCCUCAUAGCCACAUCCAAAUCACCUUUGGAUAGGCAGCAAUUAGGCCAUCCUUGAGGAAGCAAAACAGAGUCUGGUUCAGUUACCAACUAAACUUCCAUGGUAUUCACCACUGUCUUCCAAAGACAUUACUGUAAAACUGGCACAAAUUAAAAACCCUUUUAAGGUCUGGGGUUGGUGCCUGAGAAUGCAUGUGUGUGGUGGUCUCCUCAAAUGUCAGUCACUGCAGAGCAAGGUGUAUAAAGUACUGUCCAGGAGCAGGGGACAGUUCCUUUUGAAAAACUUGUUUCCCUAGAUUUUUCUUUGGGCUUGAAUUGUCCCUCUGUCUUCCACUCUUCUCUCUCAUGUCCCAUCCAAUUGCCAUGCUGCAGAGUAAAAGGAAGCAUGAAUACCUUGUCCUGUGCUUCUAGUGUCUAUGUAGUACCUUGGACUUAAAUAAAAAGGAGAAUGUGGCCAGCUUC